AUGAAGGCACAGCAAUUGGCAACCAUCUGGCUCUCCUUUGUGUUCUGCGUCCAAGGACAACACGUCGUUUCCUAUGGACAAAGGGUCUCAGGAAGUGCCCAGCCAUUCGUUUUUAAUCAAGGAGUGGUUCGUCCAGAAAACCUGAUAGCAUCAGCUCAAUACUCCAAUGCCCCGCCAAACCCAAGGGAACUUCCAAAUCUCAGGAUACCAGCUCCAGCGCUCGAAAUUGGACAAAACUUUAGGAGACCCGAUGGGCAGUACGGUGUCGGAUCCAUUUUUGAAAACGGACGCACGUCAAUUCCUGCAGGAGCCAGCGUGGCAAGCGGACGUUCGAGUCUCAGUGAUCAACUCGGCCUGGGGAACGUUUUCGUAGAAAGAGCAGCCGGCACAGGGCUGCAAGGAGGCUACAGGCGUAUCGUGCGCCUUCGGAAGAGGGCAGCCGACGAGAGCCUCGACAUACCAGCUUUCGAUAAGGAAGGAGAAGAGCUAAAAUUUGAAAGUACUGAAAACAAAGAGACGCUCGUAAGCGACGCAGGACUGGACGCAACCCUGAGCGCGCCCCUGGAAGAGCCGGCACCAAUUACCAAGCAAUGGCAAUAUGAUGGCGGCUACAAAUACAGGCUCGCGAAGGCUGCGAUCAAGUCUAAUCCCCGUAAAGGAAUCUCUUUCAAGAUACGAGACGGCGAAUAUAAAGUUGGGUCUGUUUACGACAGUGCGUCUUUACCCCUCUCCCUUGAGAAGCGACAGGCACCCCCAACCAAAAAAUUUGUCCCCGCGAUCAGUACUGAGGUUUUUUCUGGCAGGAGCAAAGUGUUUCGGGGAGUACCCAAGCGUGGAGAGUUGCCAACCGGAAUAUCCUUUAAGAAACCAGAAGGAGCGUAUGGCAUUGGUUCUAUCUUUGGAAAGAGAACACCAGUAGGUUUUGAACACCUCCAUCACUUGGCUAAACGGCAAGCCGUUGGCUCUGGCAAGGUGACUGCAGUGAUCGUGGAGUUCGACAAGGACGCAGAAAAUCGCGCCCCCGUGAAUCCCCCAGCGUCAAGCCAAUUCCGGCCUGGAUUUGGGUUCAACGUCCAGGUACCUCCGAAUCUAGACGAACGUACCAGCAAGCUUGUGCUCAAGAACGUUGUAUACAGGAAGCGUCCGGGUGCUCUGAAGCCCGCGGUUAUAUUGGACCCACCUAAAAAGCCCGUCCUAAAAAUUCCAGACAGCAUCGAGAUUCCACUGAGUGCUUUCCCAGGACUAACCACAGCUGGUGUCGCUAACCCUGAACCAGUCGCGUCAACACCGGUACAACCAGAGGUCGAACCCACCCCGGCUCCUACUCCUGCGCCUCUCCCGACAUCGGGUGCCUCGAUCGGAUUCAGGCCAACCUUCCCGGUCGAGCACUUCCGACCGUCGCCGCCCCCACUUCACGGUAACCCUUUCAACACGCCCCUGCAUCACAAGUUUUCGGCCAGCGGCCUAUUUCCCAAGUCCAGUACUUAUCCUCCUCCUCCUACGUUCCCUCCAAAGUCACCAUUCCCGACCAAGCACCACGCACCCAAGCCUCUGACCCACUCGCAUAAGCUCAGUGCCUCACCGCUCGUCGCAGUGCCGCCGGGACAGAUUGUCUACAACCGUCAGCUGGCGUCUUCCAUUCCCGCCCAGCCAUUCAGAAGUCAGGCCUCACCCUUCAACAAGCCUCCCGCCUCUCCAAGUCCUUUGCACGCUGUGCGACAAGUCACGCAGUCUCAGCCAGCGCAGCUGGCACCACCUCUGCAGCAAGCGCCACCACUCCAGCAGGCGCCACCUCCGCAGCAAGCGCCACCUCUGCAACAAGCCCCACCUCUGCAACAAGCGCCACCUCUGCGGCCGGCACCCCCGCUGCCGCCAGCACAACAGGCUCCUCCGGUGCAACAAGUUCAGAACACCUACCCACCCCCUCCGCCGUUGCAGAGUGCUCCCCCUGCCCCAGCCGGACUUCCUCAGCCGUAUCCGGGGGUGCUGCAACCUCCUGGAGCCUUGUACCAGCAGUACAGUCCAUUUGACCCUGCUGGCUAUCCUGUGGGGCAGCCGGGUCACUUCGAUCAAGGGUCCUUUGGAUUACAAUACCCGACGCUCGUCUCCGACCCCUUCGUGCAAGCAAGGAGCGCCAGGUCUGCGGCUCGCAAGCUAAGAGAGGACGCCCCCAGCGCUUCCUCAGUGUACGCGCUCAGCAAGAGGAUUGUGGAAGGAGUUCAUUCUUGAAAGAAGUCAUCGGCUGUUGUUCACAAUACAUUCGUCUGUACAUCUCCAUGACAUCAUCACACAGAAAAAAAAAUGCAUCUGACUUUCUCACCGGAAGCACUCGGCCUUUUUUCAUUGGAUGCAUCAUCGUGCCCAUAGGAACAUCCCAUUGCAUUGUAUAUUUGAAAACCAAGAUAGCUUGAAAUAAAUUAUGGGAGUCAUUUGUCUUCCAUAUUUUCUCACUCCC